AUGGAAGCCAACGCCAAUCCCGAGGCGCAGAGCGCCCUCCGCGAGGCGGUCAAGUACUGGUCCGACUUCAUCGCCAGGUGCAUCUUCAAGCGCAUCGACGUCCCCAAGUUCAAGGAGUUUAUCCCCCUCAUCCACUCCAAGCACCCGCUGCCGCCCGUCGUCGUCGCCGACCUCUUCCUCAGGCCCCAGCCCACCGACGACGUCAGCCUCGACCCGCGCUUCCCCCCGUUCAUUCAGAUCCUCACCCAGCUGGGCUACGUCGACGCGCCGUCGCUGCUCUUGGCGCUCUACAAGUACUCGGCGCUGCACAAGCACGUGAAGCCCGCGCACAAUGCCGAGCAGACAGACGCCGAGGGAAAUGAGGCGUCGCAGAAGUCACAGGAGCCGCUUCGUUGGAGAAUAUCAGCGUGGUCCGAGGAGUUAAUCUUCUUCCAUGUCAUCAAGAUGGUCGUCGACGGCACCGCCAUCCGCGAGCCUAGGGCUGCCCUCGUCUUGGUCAAGGUGCUUUGCAAGUGGAUGGACCUCUUCACCUCUACCUCGACCGCCCUCACGGCCGAUGUCCUCGGAGAGAUUCAGAAUCCCCAGCACCGCGACGACCUGGAGACUUCUCGCGCUGCCUUUGUCCCGCUGCUCCUGCGUAUGAUCGAGAGCACCGAGUUUCUCAGCGUCAUCAGCAAGCCCCUCGCGAAAGGAUCACGAAAAGAACUCUCCCAGAGCCUGUCCGGCUUCAUUCAUACGCUGGAGGGCGCCCCGGGCUUCGCCGAGAGACUCGAAAUGUUUCGCUCCGAGACGCUUGCCAAGUUCGACCCCGCCGAUAAGAAAAAGCAGGCUGCUGCCAACGCCGCGAUGGACGAGUUGCUGGAGAACGCCGCGGGACUCGACGACUUUGUCGUGGCCGACAUCCCCAUUUCCAAUACGCGGGCCGGCCUAUACGUGCACCUGAACGCAUCGCUUGCUGGGCGGCCACUGAUUGACGACAAUGCGCUGCUCUCGUACAUUCACAAUAGAUACCAGGGCGAGACACAAUCCGGCGCCAUCGACCUCAUCCUGGCCUCAUUUGAUGUUCUUGCCAAUGCCGUCUUUCGCAACGAGGCCCAAAGAGACGCGCACGUGCUGAAGUCGUUUCUGGUCAACAAGGUGCCGCUGCUCCUCUGCCAGCUAUUCUCACCCCAAUUCUCCACCACAUCGUCAGAGUUCUGCAUCACAGAGGCGCUGAAUCGCGUGGAUACGAGUGUCUUCCCCACGGCGUCGCUUAUGUUCGACGAGUCGCGGAGUAACAACCCGUAUACGGAGAGCGUGAGAGAAGAGUUUUGUACUGCGUGCGCGUUGCAUGGUCUAGUCCAGCGCGAACACGUUGAGAGAAUUUUGGGCGAGACGUCCAUGUCAUACGAGCCUUCGCUGGAGAAGCUUUCCAAAGACAAACUGGUCCAGGAUUGUCUGUCGGACUCGGAAAAGAUUCAGGGCCUCGUCCGAGACCUCGACAAGAUGGACGGCAAUGUUGGUGCCAUGUGCCAGGCACUUGUUGAGAUAAUUCGCCAACUCUGCAACACCAAGGAGACGGUGUUUUUACGGGUAUUGUGCAGCGAGUUGGCGCAAAAGCCCCAGUCCCUCGACAUCCUACUGCUCUUUGAAAAGAUCACCUCGGUCCUCGAACCGCUCUGCCAGCUCUUGGACACGUGGAGGUAUGACGACCCGGAAGGGGAAUACCAGCCGAUCUACGAAGAGUUUGGGGGCAUAAUGCUGCUCGUUCUGGCCUUUGUCUAUCGGUACAACCUGACGCCACCGGACAUUGGCAUCACAUCUCCCGAAUCGGGCGUGGCCAAGAUUCUGACGCGAGCCCACAUCGCUCGGGACAACGAUGAGUUGGUGGGCCGCGAGAACGCUCACAUGAACGGUUGGAUCCACGGGCUCUUUGACACGGAGUCGGGCGGUCUCGGUGACGAAUUGAUGUCAUCGUGUCCGCCGCAAGAGUUUUACUUGCUCGUGGCGUCGAUAUUCCAGAGCACCGUCGUCGCAUAUACCUUUGGCUACAUCAAUGACGAGCAGCUCAAGUCCGACGUGGGUGAUACAUUUUUACUGCCCUCACUGGUGCCGGCCAUCCAGUAUCUCUCGGAUGCGCUGUGGGUCGAGCAAAAGGGGCAGAAGACCAUCAUCAAGAUCCUACACCUCAUCCUCCUUCCAAACCUGGCAUCCAGCGAGGCCGGUGCGAUGCUGUCCUCGGUCAAGUAUCUGAUAGCCAAGCCGCUGGAGAACUCUCUCCGGACCUAUCAGAAGCAGGACCCUAAGAAUCAGGACAUUGAGCCGCUCCUUCGGGCACUCAAGGACAGCCUCCCGCUGUCGCGGCGGACGGGAGCCGCAGACCACAACGAGAUGAGCUCGUGGGCGAGCAGUUCGAGCAGCGGACUUGCGGGUGCGGUCAAGCACACAAUCCAGGGGCUCGUUCAGUGGAGCCUACACCACGGCAUCAACGCGACGCCAGCGUCUUACACCCACCGUCAGCUGAUGGCAUCGUGCCGGAUUGGCGGCACCAGGCGGAUGCUACAGGUGAUGCUGGACGAGAUCCGGCAUCAGUCCGAGGCCGGGAGCGCGAGCAUCGUUUACGACGUGGUGGCCGCCAUGAUUUGCGCCCCAGACGUGACCAACGAGCCGCCGCCGGCAGCCAGCAUCUUGGACGUCUCCGGCAACAUGCCCCCGCCGGUGCAGCGGCCCUUGACCCUGCGAGAGGUGCUCAGGGCAGAGGCGGAGGACUGCCGCAAGCUGCAGAAAAAGGACCCCGUCUUGGCUGAAAUUGUCGUCCGUCUGCACAGAAGAGUAGAGACGCACAUGGUGCUCCCGCAGCCGCAGGCAUUGCUCCAGGGACAGGACAUGCCACUGGACCUGAGCGGCGGGGCCGGCGGCCUCGAAGACGCCAUGGCCGCCGCAGCUGCAGGCGUUCAGGGCGACGCAAUGGCGGUGGACGGAGUCGGCCUGGACAUGGGCAUGGGCAGCGUCUCGUCGGACCUUGGCCUGGGCGGCGGCAGCGCCGGAGGCCUCGACAGCACGGGCGACGCAGACCUGUUUGGGCUGGACUCCAGCAUGGGCAUGUUUGACGGCUGGGAGGGCAUGGACCUGAGCGGGAGCUAG